AAACCUUUUACGCAGGAGAAAAUCUACAGACGCAUACAGCAUAUACACACAAAGGAGGCGAGAUCUUAAGAUUGGUUAACUUCCUGUGUGAGUGUCACACACCAAUACUGUGACAAGCAGAUCAGUGUAUCAGUAUGCUGGGCUGACAGCCUCACACUCAUUGUCCCGAGGAUCUUCACCUGUUCUGAUCAUCCAACAGGUCAUCAUGUCCACCAACAUCUCCUCUUCCUGUCUCAACAGUUCAGAACACAGCAGCAACGUGUUCACCGUGUGCACCUACUCCUUCAUCUGCAUCGUGGGUCUGAUCUUUAACCUCAUAGCUCUGGCCUUUUUUUUCAAGUGCAACAAAGCCAGAUCACAAACCACUGUCUACAUGAGCAAUCUCACCAUAGCGGACACUCUGCUCAUUCUCACGUUGCCCAUGAGGAUCUUCUACCAUCUGGGUUAUCGUGGUCUUCCUCAGUGGCUGUGCGACACCCUUGGUCUGGUCCUGAAGGCCAACAUGUACGGGAGCAUCUUCCUCCUCACUUGUAUUUGCUUUGACCGUUGCAUGGCCCUCAGCUUCCCCUUGUCAGCGCGUGUGAAGCAGGGGAGGAGGAAGGCGCCGCUGGUUUGUUUGGGAAUAUGGACGCUCACCUUCGGGGCCAGCGUGCCCAUCUACCUCAUAAAGCGCAGAGAUGUUCACGAUUCUUUCAAACACUGUUUUAAUAACUUGCCGGUCUAUGCUACUCAGCCUGUGGUGGUUUAUCCCUCGCUGAUCUUGGGGUUUGGGAUCCCGUUAGUGAUCAUGCUGGUCUGCUCUUGGGGUUUGGUCCGUGCUGUCCGACAGAGCACCGUGGCCCAGACCAACCAGGUAGACGGCGCAAAGAUCCAGAGGAUGGUUGCUUCCAGCCUCUUCAUCUUCAUAUUCAGCUUCCUCCCGUACCACGCCACCCUGGGCCUCCUCUCACUGUACAGAGAGAACAUACCUUGCUCCAUGCUGACUGCAUACCACUACAGCGUGAUGUUGGCAUGUCUCAACACAGUGCUAGAUCCUGUUGCAUAUUAUUUCACCACAGAAACCUUCACAAACAACAUGGGCAUCGGCAUGGGGAGGAUGAUCCCGUUGAAUAGUCAUAGCUCUGACACCAGGUACAGAGCUAACAACAGCUAACAAGAGACAAGGGCUAGUACAACUUCAUUGAUUCCUAAAAUCAGAUUAAGGAUGUAUUUAAAGUAGAUAAAGUGGAGAUAAAAUUACUUUUAUUUUGGGAUCAUAUAUAGAGUGCUGCAGGAAUGAGUUGUGAUGUCUUUCAGAACAAACACUGUCAUCACACCUGUCACCUGUCCAGCACGGUGUUGUUAAACCAGAAACACUGCGGCAACACCCUCGUAUAAGAUUUAAAGACACACAAUCACCGCUUUUGGCUCCAGGUAGAAUUAGUGCGACGACUUAGGACUGAGAAAUGUGGCUGAAUCACCUGUCAUGUCACAAUAUUAUAUUUAUAUAUUUAGUAUUGAAGCUUUAAUCUGUAACUUUUCCACACUGGAAUUUCUAAAAACAACUCGACCUAUUUUCUAUAUGUUGCUGAUUCAUCAUUUCUCAAACCAGAAAAAUCUGUGAUUUUAAUGAUGGCAGAGACAGUAGAGAAACCGAGACGCUUGAUUUCCGAUUGUUUCCCGUAUCUGUGGGAUGUGGGUUUUCUCCACCUCCCCGCCCCUUUAGGAGACCAGCAGCAGGUCUGAGUAGCAAUGCUGACAGCUAGCCAGCUAGUGAUAGCAACAUUUGCUGAACACAUUCAUAAUAUCACUAACAGCAAGUUAGCUAUCGCUAUCAUGCAACUGUAGCCGUCACUAAUGGAAACAGACAUGUAACAUUAUGUAGCACCAAGUUACUGACUGACUCAGUAAACCAGAUCAGUAUUGGCUCCACGGUCAGACUGGGAAAAGGAUUCGGCCUUGGAUUGAUCCAAUGGAAUCGCUCGCACAAAUGACAGUGAUGGAACCCGUUAAAAAUUUUUGGUUGUUUUGAUGGUCCUCAUGACCAGUCCAUCUGUGCUCUGGUCUGAUCUCUGACAGUGUAUUUACUGGUUGUAAUCUACUGAUCUGUUUGAUUUGGAGAGGGCUAGACCUCUGGAUAAUUCAGCUCCAGGUAAAAACCUCCUGAGCAACUGAAACUGAAGGAAUCCAAACCAGGAGAAGCUGACGGCACUCGUGAAGACAACGACUUCCAUGAGCCCAUGCUACUUCAUGACAUCACCAAUAUCCAAAAUCUGUCUUUUAUUAUAGUUUUGAUUGAGACCCCGAGAGGCAGAAGUUACACACUGUAUGUUUGCAUUUUGUUGUGCUCACUACGUUGUAAAGAGUGGUUAUCUGAGUUACUGUAGCUCGAACCAGUCUGUCCAUUCUUCUCUGACCUCUCUCAUCAACAAGGUGUUUCCAAGUUCAGUGAGUGUACCAAUUUAGUUUAUAGGUUACACUACACAAUGAGUACGAGCAGGUGUCUGGGGCGUAGUUCUGCUCAGCAGGAAGUAGAAACUGAUUACAAUAACUUUCCUCAGAGAGGAAAUGAAACUCAAGGGUCUACAGAUAAAUGCUGUGUGAAGAUAGACUCUGAAAAUGCCAAAUCAACAGAAGCUCAGCAGCAUGAUGAGAAGGGUGUAGUGUUAAUUUUACAUUUAUUCAUUUGUUACACCAAAGGGACAUAUAAAUGAGGUUCAGUUCAAGAAAGGUGCAUUGACUCAGACAUCAGUGCAAAGGUUUGUCUUACAGAGACGUUUUCUAGCUGGACUGAGUUAAGAGUCCUGGAUGUUCCAGAACUUGUUUGCAAAUGUUACUUCAACACACAUUUUAAAACCACAAUACUCACUCUGAUGUAUUCAUAUGUCAACUCAACCACAAUGACUAUACUGAGGUGGCUCAGUAACGAUGGCAUCAUCCCUUCAUGCAUCAUAAAUGUGUAGAUAAGAGACAUAAAGAGAAAUUACAGAUAAGCUUUUACUGCAAAUGGCGCAGGAAGAGAGGAAAAGCUAUCAGAAGAGUCAGAUGUUGUGAUCUGUGCCAACGAUGCACUAUAGCUGAGUUCCUGUGGAGCAGUCUUGUAUACUGAGUUGUUCAGUUCCAUCUAUCAAUCAAUAGAAAUGGGCGGAUUUCUGUUUCACUGGUGUUGUGCUGUUCAGGAGUUGCUAUUCAUAAUCCUUGUGAAACAGAAAACUAAACAUAACUUUUGAUUUACUGAUUUCUGGAUCCUGUUAAACUCCAACCUUUGUUACAUUAAAUGCAUUAAGACUGGGGUUUGCAUGAAACUAACCAGUUCAGGUGACAUCUGUACAACUAUGAUAUUGGAGUAGACUUUCAGACAAUCUCAAAGCCCCAACAAGUGCCUGGUUGUAAAGCUGAGAGGGGAUAUUCCAUAUGUGGCUUUGAGGUGAAAAGGUACCAUGGCUUUCCACUGGCGGUUUCACAAGAUAAUUAAAUUUAUUUUCCAAUGUGAUAUAUACAUAUUUUAUUGUGUUUUGUAUACGAUGCAUGCGUUUAUAAUUACAUUGUAUAGUACAUUUUCAUGUAAGUCCAUCUGGGCAAAUGUUGCUUAGACCAGUGGUUCUCAAAGUGGAGACCCAGAGGUCCUAUAAUCAAAAAGGGGAAUAAUUUAUUUUCACUAUAAUUUCAUCCAUAUGUAACACAAUGACAGAAUGUAUGAUUAGUUUGGUUCAUGGGUUUAAACACUUUCUGUAAUAAAACAUCUAAAAGGCAAAAUCUUAUGAGAUGAGGGUCUGCUCAGGAUUUUGAUGUGAAAAAGUUUGGGAACCACUGGUUUAGCCAAUAAAUGCUACAAUACGCAGCAGUAUUGACAACGUAAGCUACAUGAAGUAAUUAUUUGUGUUCUACAAUGUCACAGUAUACAAGAUUUAUCUAUUAGUGACAUGAAGGUAGAAAUGCUUGAAAACUCACAAUGAAUCUACUUCCCAUACUUAAUCUACUUACCAUAUUGUAUUGAAGUGUUUAAAUGUCACUGACCAAGAUAUAAAGUUUUAAUGAUAAAUAACUAAUA